GUCUGGGCCACCGAUACAGAGCGAUGGCGACCUCACAACAAGCCCGAUACACCUCCUUCCCGCCGAUGAAAAUCCAGAGGUCAGCGCAAAUUUCGCAAAAGGACGCACAACCAAUCCUCGCAAAUUUUCUCGAACGCACCAAAACGAAGCCACAUCUCCACCCCGACGCGUGGCUCGCGACUGAAGGAGUACGAUGGGGUCCAAAGGGAGGACCGAACGGUGGUUGGGCGAUUCACCACCUGAAGCGCAUUGAAUCGGGGAUGCGAGGCGUCAGCUUGAUGCCAGAAAGUAAAGACGAGCUUGUCGCAAAGUUUGGUGAUGAAGCCAUUCAACACGGCAUCAACAGUAGUGAUCCGAAUCAGCUAGGCGAUGACACUGCGCUGGAUGAGUCGAUUACGAAGACUGAAUCGCAUCAUGUGGAAGAGCCGAUCGAUCUCUCUGGUAAAUCUGGCAAAGACUUGACUCCUGCGGAGAAGAAAGCUAGAAAGGAAGCGAAGAAGAAGCGCUCGUUACAGGAACAGGCCGAUGGAGAACGAGCGAGUAAGCGAAAGAAAGAGCCGGGAGUCAAGAGCGAAGCUAUGGACCUCGACAACGAUCCAGAUGCGCAGUCGAAGGAGUCGUACGAGCGAGAGCAGAAGAUUCUGGAGGGUGAAGUGGGCGAACGUGAAGGCGCCCCGUCUUCCAAGCAGAACAUACCAGAACCAACCCUUGUCACGCAUGAUGCCGAUGGAAAGGUCGAUGUGCCCAAGGAAGCUCGCACUGCAGAGGAGAAGGCUGCUAAGAAGGCUGCUAAGAAAGCACGACGGGACGAGUCCAAGACGAGUAAAAAAGAUCGUAAGGCUGCAAAGUAGGCCAUGUCGAGUUGUUGGGAAUCUAUCAGAGCGUCUCAGCUUGCUCCUACAGCGAGUAUUCCGACAGCCACGACUGGACGCGCCGCUGAGAGGGUCGAGUCUGCCGAUCGCCCUGAUCUUGAAUGGGUUGGGCCGUUAUUAUCACGACCGGAUUACAUCAAGCAACUCAACAAAGCGAUUCCGGAGAGCAUGGACAGCCUCGACAAUAGCGACGUCAGUGGUCGAAGAUGGUAUGGAACAACUCAAGCGACAAGAAAGAACAAGGGCGAGACAUUCCAAGACAAGGCCAUACGUGAGGCAUCAGAAGCUGUGAUCGAGCCAUUGCAGUGCCACGAAUCGCCAGGCGAGCCUACCGCAAGGAAAUCAGGGCAACCAUUGAAGCACCGCAAGCAGAAGCUGUUACUCUAAGACCCAAUUCCAGGGCACAUGCACGACCUAGCACUCUCAGUCAUUCUGAUCUGGACGAAGUACGGAAGAAGAAGAAGAAGAAGA